AUGAUUGUUUAUCAGAAAGUUGAUGAUGUUAAAAUUAAUAACAAAUUAUUAUUUAAAGUAGAAAGUAUUUUAUUUUUAGAUAGAAUUGUUACUGAAGUGGAAUUAUUAAAAAUAUUUAAAUUUAAAAUGUUUGAAAAUAAACAAUCUUUAAUUGAUUUGGAUUUAAAGUGUUUAAUUGUUUAUAAAGAUGGACUUAUUAAUGAUGAAGUUUUAAGUUAUAAAGAUUUGUUUAAUUUUGUAGUAGUAUUUGAUAAAAGUAAUGGAUUUCUUUCUUAUUCAAAUUUAGGUCCUCAAAAUUAUUUAUUUUAA